UAAGAAGCAUAAAUAAAAUAAAAUAAAACUCCAAACUGCCGGGCGGGUUGUUCUAACAGUCAACCACAUUAGUACAUUACAUUACUACAUUCACUAUGUUGCGUUUUAGCGGCAGUAUUACCCCAUUGCUGGAGUCGGGGGCUAAGCUACGACCAAUGGUUGUCAAGUAGCACGAGGUAAUCAACCUGGCCGAAUGCAAUAGUGCAAUAAAUUUCAGGCUUCAACCGGGUAACUUUUGCGAAUUCCAUCUCAUCACUUUUACCAGCGUUAACACUUAUCGGUGUAUAACACAAUAUUUUACUUCAAUCGUGUUUGUCUAAUCGCAACGAAAACAUCAUGGUCGCUCUUAUUCUCCGUGUGUGUUUUAUGACAAUCAUAAUAAAUCCAGUAUUCGCAGUACUGCCUCCAUAUAUUAAAACGUGCAAAAAAAGAGAUCCGGAUAUUAAUAAGUGUAUAUUGAAUUCUAUUGAAGAAUUGAGGAGCAAACUAUCUAACGGGAUACCCGAGCUCGAUGCACCAGCUAUUGAACCUUUAGUUUUAAAACAUGUUCGUCUUCUCCGAGGACCGGAAGGUGCUAGACUUGAUAUCAAUCUUACUAAUAUUCAGGUAAAAGGUCCUUCUACAUUUAAAAUACGAGAAUUUAAAGCCGACGUUGACGACGUUACUUUCACAUUCAAAGUCAGUUUCGGGUUGCUCAGUUUCCGCGGCAAGUAUGGAAUAAAUGCACGGCUUUUAUUGCUUAGACUUUCAGGAAACGGCGACAUUACCGGAAAUUUUACUGGUUAUGAUUCUGAUAUAGUACUUCACGCAGAAAAAAUUAUCAAAAACGAUGACGUGUACCUCAAUUUUGAGAAAAUGAAAAUUGCAAUUAAAAUUGGAAAAGCUGAUAUCUAUCUUUCAAAUCUUUUUGGUGGCGAUCCUAUACUUGGUCCAGCCAGCAAUCAAAUACUCAAUGCAAACAGUAAUUUGUUAAUAGACGAGUUAAAGCCUGUUUUGGAGUCGGCUCUUUCAGAUUUAUUCACAGACGUCGCUAAUAAAAUAACCAACUCUUUCAAAUACAGCGAAUUAUUCCCGGACGAUUAAGAGAAUUAUAAAUAU